AUGUCUUCCUCAGGGGCCGCCAACCCGAGUCAAACCAAGAAUAUGUAUCGCUUAGGCGACCAUAUUUACGUAGAAAAGACUCCUAACGCGCCAUAUGGGAUCCGUAGGAUCGAUGAGCUCAUCAAGAAUGGAACGUCUGUUGAAAUCAAAGUUGCCUGCUUCUAUCGACGCCGAGACCUAGAAAAAUGCCUUCUUCAAGUCGCGGACUCGGCUGAAAGGAAAUUUGAAGAGUACUUUACACGUGAAGAAAAGGAAGAGGAUGAAACAAACGGCCAUACCACGGCAAAAGUUAAGAAGGAGGAGCAGCCAGCGAAGGAGGAACCUACAAAUGGACCUGAAGAAAAAGAAGCAACUGCACCGCCAGAAGCCAAAGAGGAGGAACAAGAAGAGGAGGAUGACUUGGUGCGCGAGUGGGGCAACGCCGGAUUGCCUCUUGGUGUGGAAGAAUUGGACAAGGCUGACCGCCAUCUCUUCAGGCACAAGGAGCUGUUCUUCACACGCCAUCAUGAGAUCAUCGAAUGUAACCAAGUGCGUGGACGCUGCGCUGUCACGUUGUUGAACGAGGUUGAAGAUCUGCAUUGCUACGAGGGCGAGGACCACUUUUUCUACUCGCUCGUUUACGACGCUGCCAAUCUGACCCUGGUUGCGGACAAAGGAGCCAUUCGCGUUGGGCAAAAAUAUCAGGCUCAGUUGGACGACAUCCCGGUUCCGGACAGCAAGGCGCGUGAAGAGCAAGCCGCGAUCGUGGAUGAUGAUGACAACAAAGAAAACGGUCUCCAGAUUGACGAGGGCGAUGAGGAGCAUGAGGAGCCGUUACCAACUCAAUCUGACGAACAGGCAACGCCAAUGACUGAGCGCGAGCGUAUCAUCUACCACCCGCACCAUGGACUUUCCGACCAGGAAAUCGACCAGUUUCUGAUUGUUGCUAGGGCCGUGGGCACUUUUUCUCGUGCCCUGGACACGAACAGCUCUGCAAGGUUCCCGACUCUUCAUAUGGUGGCCGCAGCAGCUAGCCGCGACGUGACUUUGUUCCAUGCGCUCUCCUUGCUCCAUCAAGCCGACUACGAUCUUGGCAAGGCCGUGCGCUUCCUUUGCCCACCAGCCAAUAAGGAGACCUAUCCGUUUGAUGCCGAAAAGGCUACGGGCCUCAAUACCUCUUCACUCGGUGGCCCUAUUCUCUGCAGAGAUCAACUUGAAGAAUGGUCUACCGCCGAAUCGAAUCUUUUCGAAGAGGCACUGGAAAAGUAUGGGAAAGAUUUCCACGACAUGCGCAGCGACUAUUUGCCUUGGAAGUCGGUGCGCGACUUGGUGGAAUACUACUAUAUGUGGAAGACCACUAACCGCUACCAAGAUACGAAAAAGGCUAAGAAUAGUGAAAGCGAGCUGAAGUUGAAGCAGGUCUACAUCCCGACCUACAACAAAGUGUGCGAGAAUCUUGUCUCCUCUUCAGCUGACAAGGAGCCAAUCCGUGGAAAGCAGCCCUGCGAGAGUUGCAAGACGGAAACUUCUAUCUCAUGGUACCGUUGGGGUCCGGCUAUUGCACAGCUGUAUAUCUGUGAGCGAUGCCAGAAUAAGUGGAAGAAAUUUGCCGCCAUCGACAAGCCUCAUGUGCACGAUAUGUUUGAUCUGAAGGAAGCAGAGACGGAGCUGGCUGCCCGCGAGGCAAUCACCGGUGCUGACAAAGUGACUGGCCACACCCCGAAGAUUCACCCGAUGAAAUCGCUUGGGGGCCACGUUGUUGCAAAGGUCCCGACUACCCACCCGGCCUAUCUUGCCGCCAGGCAAGUUUUGGCU